AUGUCGAACCCACCUACUCCUCCUGCUACUUUGAAACAACUUGUUACGUCUAAGCCCGAUUCACCGGAGUGGAGCGCCAAAUUCGAUUGGGAUGGUAUUGUUGCUUAUCCUCUACGGAAAUGGUCUGAUACUGGUUGUAAUGAGGUUCUUCGGGUUGCAGCUGGAGAUAAAGGUCCUAAGAUUGGAAUUUCUCCUAAUGAAUCGUCAGAAUAUAAAAAUUACCGGGAGGCGUAUAAUCACGCUGUAUCGCCUAAUUCUCAUGUCAGAAUGGGAACAUUUAGCUGUCAGUUGUGUCAAACUCGUCAAAUCCGCGAAGUUACGUGUUCCUUCGGUUGUGUUACCGUCGAUCAAGCGAGCUUUGCAGGAAAUAUUCGAGAAGAGUUAGGGAAAUUGAAGGCUAUCGAAAUGCAGGCUGAAUUAGCGACAACACAUAAUUAUAUGUUAGAACCAAAAUCUAUCUUAUUUCAAAGUCAACAUAUCAGAUCUAAUAUUGAGCAAUUGAUGGUGAUUCAUUUGCCUGAUAUGGCUCCCGAAGGUGUUGUUGCCCCCGAUACUCCCCGUAAGCGUCGUCGUGCCCCUGUCGCAGCAACCUCUCCCUCCGAAGACACAUAA